ACUGGAAUAUUAAAUGUUGCCUUCGGUCUCUCACUCUCUCUUUCUCAAUAUUGAUGCCAGGUAACAAAUGUAACUUUUAUCGACUGCUUCACUUCGCUUCACUUGUUUGUGGUUAUGGGUCGCUGAAUCGCAAACCUUCUAUGUCAUUUGCAGUCGACUGCUUGUCAUUCCUUCGAGCUGCGUUCGGGAUACUUACACACUGAGACCGGUGUUCCACUGAAAUCCUCAGUGGAACGAAUGCACGGAGCAACGGAACCAAUCACAGCCAUUCCACUUUUUUGUGAAUGACGUGUCAGAUUAUUGGUUCUUGCACGCAGAGCGCAGCAACGCUUACCGCGCGGCAGAAGCUCUCGUGGUAAUCGAUAACCUUUUAAUUCUUACCGAAAAGUGGCAUGUUGAUUGGCUACCGCGCGAACUUCUGCUGCGCGACAAGAGUACUUCUAUGUGAAGGAGCCAUAUAUAAGGUGCGUUCCACAUAAGCCAACCGCACGAAACGGUGAUAUAUGCUACAAGAUAAGUUAUAUAAUACAAGCGACACAGAAAUAUUUCGAGUGACAGUGAAAAAUGAAUAAAAUUGGAAUUUGUGGUUGGAUUGCAACCGGAGGUUCAGCCGCGUAAGAGAGCGCGGCUGACCGGAAGAAGAGGGAUACCGCAGACUAAACGAACACGACACGCGAGGGGCGGUUGUGAUUGGCGGGGGCCGUCGGCGAAUCGGAAAGCGUCGUGGAGGGGAGAGAACGUUUGAAAUCGGAAGAAGAAAGGCGCGGAGUAGCAUGGUGACGCGGGAAGCGGGAGGACCGACAUUCGGCAGAUAACUACGCAGACGAGGGGACCUUGGAGAAGUUGCUGACGGAGGAGAAAGCUGGCGGAGACGUCCUGGUGGAGGCCCAGGGAGACGCGGGAAAACGACCGAUCGCCUGGCGACGUGUCUGAGGCGAGCGUCCGGUGAUCCGAACAUCUCUUCGGGGACGACAACUCUAUCAGGGAGGGAAUCCCUCUAUACAACCCCUAAUAGUAAAGGCGUAUCUGGGGAGACUUGGCCGGUCCAGCUUCCCGGGCCUGGAGUUUGGGCGAAGCUCUCAAAAUAACGCCCUGGCGACCGUGGAUGGGCAACGGGAUCCGUGAGGAACUUUCCUUCUCAAGGUUCAGCGGGAUUAAACGCUGAUGUUUUAAUUAAGCUAGUGACAUCCGGUCACAUGAUUCAAUUAUUUUUUUUGGAAGGGAAAACAGCAAAUGAAAUUUAUGAGAGAAUUUCCCCUACAUUGAGUGACUCAUGCUUUCCUAUGAAACCGAUCGAAUGACGCGCAUAAGUGUCGGUCCACAAUAAGAAUUUCUUAAGAUUUAAGGCUUAAAAUGGUGGACCGACACUAAACGUCCAAAGAGAACGCAGCCAAGGGAGUCGGAAAAAUGGCGACCUACAUGGUACAAUAAUAACAAAGAAUUGUGGAAUGUAAUAUACAAGUGUUUCAUUCUGUGUUUACUUGAUUUACGUGAUAAAAAUAAAGUUUAACAAUGAUACAAAAUGUAUUAUAUUCCUUUAAAGUGUUGUCACGUUGCAAAAUCCGAAGAUUUCUCAAUAAUAUUCUUCACCGGCAACUAUCAUCGUCUGCAGUGGAUAUAUCGGAGAUAACACACUGUUCAACCAAAGUAAAGCGCCAAAUAGAAGACCACUGGAAGGAUAAGAUAAAUUCCUACAAAUUCAAUACUGAAACAAAAGAUAAAUUUUACAUUUUGUCCAUGUUUCCAUAUCCUUCUGGUGCUUUGCAUAUAGGUCAUGUCAGAGUUUAUACAAUAAGUGAUACAGUAGCCAGAUUUUAUAGAAUGAAAGGUAAAAGUGUUAUUCAUCCUAUGGGAUGGGAUGCUUUUGGAUUACCAGCGGAGAAUGCUGCUAUUGAACACAAAGUUGAUCCAGCUAUAUGGACAAAGAACAAUAUAAAAACAAUGCGUAAUCAACUGACAUUGCUGAAUUAUUCUUUUGAUUGGGAGAAAGGAUUUUCAACUUGUGAUCCAGAUUAUUACAAGUGGACACAGGAACUGUUCCUAAAAUUAUACGAUAAAGAUUUAGUAUAUCAAAAGGAAGCUUAUGUUAACUGGGACCCUGUGGAUAACACUGUAUUGGCUGAAGAACAGGUAGAUUUGAAUCAGCGAUCCUGGAGGUCCGGUGCACUUGUAGAAAAGAAAAUGUUGAAGCAGUGGUUUAUUAGAACAACAAUAUUUGCAAAAUCAUUGAUGGAGGGCUUACACGAUCCAAGCUUGAAGGAAUGGAGAGAUGUAAUCAAACUGCAGAAGCAUUGGAUAGGCGAUUGUAAUGGUAUUAAUUUCGAUUUUAAAUUGAUAUCUGAUAUUCCAGAUUUUUCAAAAACAGUGAAUUUAUGGACUGAUACACCGGAAUUCAUCGAGUACGCAAAAUUUGUUGCUAUAUCUCCUAAAAGCGUAUUAAAUCGUGAAGAGUAUACACAGGACAUAGACGUUGACAUCAAACGUUUAAAUGCAAAAGUAUUAAAUCCAUUUACUGGUGAAGAAUUACCAAUUUUCGUUACCGACAAGGUCGUUUAUUCAAUGUGGAGGGACAACCGUUUGGGCAUACCUGCCGCAUCCAUGGAUGACUUGCAAUUCUCGGAGUUAGUUGGAAUACCGUUCACUCGACAUAUGAUCCGUAGCUACGAGCAACAGCAGCAGAAGUUAUCUGAAAUAUUACAGAAGGCUAGAGAAUGGAAGAUAGGCGGAUAUCCAGUAAGCUCGAAACUGCAGGAUUGGUUAAUUUCGAGACAGAGAUAUUGGGGUACGCCUAUACCUAUGAUUCAUUGUGUAAAGUGCGGGACUCAGCCAGUACCUCGUGAUCAACUUCCUGUGACUUUACUAGAUGUAAAGCACAUGUCAGAUAUGAAAUUAUUAAGCGACGAAAUAAAAGAUUGGUCAAUGACAAAAUGUCCCAAGUGUAACGGAAACGCAAGAAGAGAAACUGAUACAAUGGAUACGUUCGUAGAUAGCAGCUGGUACUUUCUACGUUUCAUAGAUCCAGAUAAUGCGAAAGAGAUGUUUUCAGUAGAAAAGGUUAAAGAAAUUUUUCCCGUGGAUCUUUACAUAGGUGGAAAAGAGCACGCUGUGCUUCACUUAUACUACGCUCGGUUUAUGAGUCAUUUCUUGCAUUCGGAAGGUCUCGUACCAUGUCGGGAACCAUUUAAACAACUCCUUGUGCAAGGGAUGAUAAUGGGUGAGACGUAUAAAAUUAAGGGGACUGGCAAAUAUGUGAGUGCAAAGGAAGUGAGAAAAAAUAAAAAUGGCAAACAUGAGACUUUAUUUGGAGAACCUGUCACUGUAAACUGGGAGAAAAUGUCCAAGUCAAAAUAUAACGGUAUUGAUCCCCUUGCGUUGUUAGACAAGUACGGGAUAGAUACGACUAGAUUAUUAAUAUUGGCCGAUGUUGCACCAACGUCUGCUAGGAAUUGGUCAGAAGACACUAUUCCUGGUAUACAGAAUUGGCAAAAUCGUAUUUGGAGUACGGUGAGACAAUUUAAACACGAACGUAACAAUAUGUCUCUAGAGGAACUUCAAACCGAACCUACCCAUCCUAAAUUCGCCGAACACGAUGCGUACUUAUUCGACAGCCGAAAUUACUUUUUGAAAACUGUCACACAUAAUAUAAUAGAAACACAGCAGCUCAGUGUAGCGAUAUCCAGAAUGCAAGGUCUUACAAAUAGUUUGCGAAAAGUUCAUAUAGAAUGUUUACGAAAAAGUCGCGAAUACGAACGAGCGUUGGUGGUUCAAAUUCUAAUGCUUGCACCUUUCGCCCCACACUUUGCGUCUGAAUUGUGGACCAUUUUCUGUUCCGCGAAGCAUCAUCUGAUAGAUAGUAAAGAAGUAAAUCUGGAUAAAGAUUUAUUGGAACAAAAAUGGCCAGACAUCGAUAUGGAUUAUAAACUUACAUUACAUGUUUUCGUGAACAAACGGCAAUUUUUUAAGUUGAAACUUCCACGACGUACGUUGGACGAAAUGACGGCAGAGACGGCAUUAGAAUAUGUAAUUCUUGAUCCAUAUUAUCAAAAACAUUCGCAUAAUAAGAAAAUUGUAGAAUUCAGUCUUCAAUCAGAGAAAGGCUGUGAUGCGACGUUAUACAUAACCAUGAAAAAACAGAUGGAAGAUAUUGUGUUAUAAUACUUUGGCUAAUGUACAUAAGAUACAUACAGAUAUAAUGGUGAAGGUUUUCUAUCCAUUGGAAGAUCUGCUGGUUUCAUAUAUUCCGUUGGAUUAUGACAUUGUUGGUAC